AAUGCAAUUGGAAUAUAAGGAUAUAUGGAGCGAUAAUUUAUUACGGGAAAUUUUUAACAAAACCCCAAAAGAAGAAAAACCUCUCACGAGUCUCCCUCCGCAAUGUAACAAUCCCGUUAGAAGAUGUAAUCAAUGUUUAGACGUAGGACUAGGAAACUGCCGCCGAAAUACUAAGGGACGGGGUAGACCGAAUCAAGAGUGUUGCGCAACAGAUGAUUACAUCGGCUGUUAUACGUUGAAAGAUUGCAAAGAAGCUGUUAAGCCUGAAUGUACCAAUGCACCAAUUAACUGUAUAACUGGCUCUGCUUAUACAUUUACACUUCAACCAGCAUUCGAAGCUGAUUUUCGAACUGGUACUCGUAAUUAUCAUGUUAAAUGUCAUAUAAAAAGCAAAGAACCGGAAAUACUUUACAAACUAUUUUAUGAAAUUGAAGUUGAAAGCCUAAAUUAUCGUUCUGAAAGAAGAUAUAAAGAAAUUAAAAGUAAAGGCUUAGAUUUUCUUACUCAUGGAAGCUACACAACAGAUUUUCUAACUGUUAAACAUACGACAAAUUUAAAAAUGGAGAAAGAUUUUAUCCUCGAUAUUUAUAACGAUCCAACGGGAAAACCAAUUUCAUACAAAUUAUUUCCCUAUAAAAAGAAAGUUAAGAAGAAUAGACCAUUCAAAAUCGAGAAAAUGCCAACUGAUAAUAGCUUUUUAACAUACGUGCAAUUUGAGGAACCAUUCGCUUAUAGUACUUCUAAAUGGUUCUCUGGAAGGAAUUCGGAUAGUUGUAAUAAAAAUACAUCAAAAUUUAUACCGUAUUAUACGGGCGAUUUAGGAGACGAGAAAGAUUAUAUAGACGUUAACGUUACUAUAAAAUCUCAUUCGGAAAGUCAAAUUGACAAACCUUUCGAAUAUGAUAUUAAACGCAAUAACCCUCUUCCCUCUGUCAAAUUUAUUAUGCCAGGUAAUCAAAGCCUUUUCAAGUGGUACUUUAAAAAUGGUCCUCACCUGAUUGUCGACGAGACGCUUAAAGCUUCUUUAACGUUGACAAGGGACGAAGCUAUUUGGGUAAUUAACAUCACUGGCCGCAUGAGCGAUUGUCCUGGUUAUAUGCAAGUUAGAGUUAACGACAGGAAGAAAAGAGCAAAUAGUAGACGAGGGGGAGGACCUGAAGAAUUAUAUAAAAUCGAUUUAUUAGUUGGUUGUGCUCCAAAACCAACUUUUAAUAUUUCUUUUAGUGUCCCGAAUUUUAUGUAUUUAAAGUCAAGGACAUACGAUGUUCAACUGGAAGAUCCGUACAAGAACUAUUCAAUUUUUCUAACAAGAAUGGUGAUCGAACAUCCAAAAUAUAUAGCAAAGAGGGAAAAAGUGACACUUAAGGAACCGGAUAUGCCACAUUUAGUUGCCCUUAUUAUCUUGUCUAGUGUCUGUGGGGUUUUGGCUCUCUUAUCCGUUAGCGUGUUUUGUUACUUGGAUUGUACUCGAAAAAAUCCUAAAGGGCCCUCAACUCGAAUCCCUUCAGCAGAUACUCAUUCAAUAGACAGUUCAUCGACCAGCUGCGGUCAUUGGAACGGUUUGAGCAAAUCACAAAUAUUGAUUAUAGUUACGUAUGGCGUCUUUAAAAUGCUCUACACUUUCAUUUUUACAUUUACAGUACUUUAUACAGUACUAAGCUAUAUACUAUCAAGUGAUUUUAAGGGUGUGGAAGCAGCCUUCCGCAAUCAGACAAAUAGAGGUAAUGAAACGAGAAGAAGAGUGCUAAAAAUCGAUGAAUUUGGCGAGAACGAACUCAUACAACAAGUUAAGUUAGUUACCUCAAUGCAAAGUUCCUGCUCCGUCUAUGUUGAAGAGUUAUUUGACUCUCUUAGGAAAGAUGUUGAUAAAAAAUCAAACGAUCCUACAAUUAGUCACUUAAUGAGGAGUCAUAUCGAUUACGCAAUGUACGCAUAUAGCAAGAAUGUAACGGAAUUUUCUGAACUCUACAAAGAAGAAUUAAAUAAUCAUCUAUCAAAGACUUUCUUUAGAUAUCGGCAAUAUUUGAAAAAAAUUUAUCAUAGUAAUUGGACUAAAACCGCGGCCGACUUAUUCAAUAAAUCUAGAUAUUCAAACGAGAGGCCAAAGGCAUUUCGAAAGAAUGAAUACCUCCGGGGAAAAGAGGUCGAUUUUGCCUCUUUUUUAAACAUAGAAGAAGUCCAAAAUGCCCAACUGUGGCCACUUCAAUUUUGGCAGAUGUUCAAUAAAUCAUUACCAGUUCGUAAGCGUUUACCAUUGCCAAAAUUUAAUAAAUGUCCCGGUCCUGGAGGGUCUAAAACUCCUCGUCACCAAUUGGACUCUGUGAGAUUUUUCUCUGAAAAAUUACCGAAAAAGUCAAUGAAAGGAAUGAACUCUAACGGCUAUGAAUAUAAGUUUGUCGUUCCAAACGAAGGGGAAUCUUACUUGGAUAAGGAAACUAUCAGCCUAAAUGAAUUAAAAGAUUCGUUGCAUCUUGGCACGCUUAAAAUAGUCUUCUUUGUUAUGGAUCUAUUUAUAAUACUAUACAGACUAACAAGAACAGUAUUAUACUUAAAGUCAAUGUGCAAAGGGUUCGAAGUUACGGAGAGACUAAGCACGUUCCCAGAAAAAACUAACGAAAAUGUUGAUGACCGAUAUAAGCAAAUCGAUAUACCAGCGCAUUCUGUAGCUUUGAACUCGGCUCCGAAGAAACCACCACGCAGAAAAAUUAGGUGGCGUUCGAAGACUGCCAAAAUGAUUCAGCAUCCUCUUUUGCCAAAAAUAUUAAUAGCUAUCGCUCUAUUGACCCUAAUCCACUUUGCGGUUCGAUCGACUAGGCCUCUAUUUACUGCUGAAUUCUUUGAUCAUACCGAAGUUCUAACUGCUUCGUUAAGAGUGAGAGCAAAUGAGACCAAUAAUUACAUAAAACAACAGGCUGUUCAUUUUAACAACGUCACCCUUCCCGUUUUUGAAGAACAAGCGCGUAACGAACUAGUUCACUUGCAGACUUUUCUUUCCUUUUUUAACGGUGAAAAACGUAGAAGAAGUCAAAAUUAUUUAAAAGAAGCUUGUGCAAUAAGAAAGAAAUCCUUGCAUGAAGAAGAUCCUUGCGAUAUUCAAGUUGACGAAACUAUCUUAGAUAUUCAGAUUAUACCCUGUAAAUUUAUACCAAUACGGCCUAAAUUUUAUUCAGGACUCCUCAAAGACAAGUAUGCCUCCAGCGUCUCUAAUGAUAUAUCGGAAAUUGCAUCUGGUCUUCUAAGGAUGGCCGUCGUUUGCGGUCAUGUACUUUGCGCUCUCAUUGCAUCAAUGUUACUAUCCCAUCUACUUGGCACCAUUUCUUUCAAGUUCUUCAAGAGUCGUCGAAUCUUCUCAGUCAAGUUAAUCUAUAUAGUAUCUAAUCCACCAACAGCUACAACAAAGAAAAGAAACGUUGACGAUACGGAUUACGAGACCGACGAAGAUUUAGUCCGUGUUCCAAGUAAGGGGAGAGGAAGACACGUUCACGUUCGAAUGGCUCCCGAUGGAUCCACAGCCAAACCGGAAACAUUACUCUCCGACUUUUCAUAUUCAGAAACAAAGGUCUAA